GGGCAAGGGGCGGGGCCCGCUUCAUAAACCUACGUCACUCGCUCCGUGCUAUAAUCUCUGUCUGUGUCGGGUUAAGCUUGAGUCGACUUCUUCACGGCGUCUGGAUUCGACGGAAAGAUUCAAGUGCUUUAAACGACCCCCCCCCCCCCCUCGAUUACAGGAAAAACACGCCAUGGAAACCUUGUUGGGAGAUCGGCGCUUCAACGCGCGCACCAUUUUCGACUUCAGCUGCCUGGAGCCUGACACACGCCAACAUCUCAAGAAUGUCUACGCCACCCUGGCCAUCUGCAUGCUGGUGGCGGCCGCAGGGGCCUAUGUCCACCUCUACACGGCCUUCCUGCAGGGGAACUUCUUGAUGACCCUGGUGAGCAUGGGCUUGCUCAUGUGGCUGAUGUUUACGCCUCGCAAUGGGCAGAACGACGCCAAGCGACUGGGCAUCCUGUGCGGCUUUGCCUUCACCGUUGGACUCGGACUUGGCCCUCUGCUCGACUUUGUCAUCGCAAUCAACCCAAGCAUCAUUGCCACCGCCUUCAUGGGCACCAGCCUGAUCUUCGGCUGCUUCACCCUCAGCGCCCUCUAUGCCCGACGCCGCUCCUACCUCUACCUGGGAGGAACUCUGAUGUCCGGACUCUCCUUCCUGCUGAUGAUGUCUCUCUUUAACAUGUUCUAUGGCUCCGCCCUCCUCUUCAAGGCCCAGAUGUACCUGGGGCUGGUGGUCAUGUGCGGCUUCGUGCUCUUCGACACGCAGCUCAUCGUGGAGAAGUGCCGCGCCGGCGACAAGGACUUCAUCUGGCACAGCGUGGACCUCUUCCUGGACUUCAUCCACAUCUUCCGCAAGCUCAUGAUCAUCCUCACCAUGAACGAGAAGGACAAGAGAAAAGAGAAGAAGUGAGAGAGGGAUGCAGGCGAAGUAACAACGGAACGUCACACAGAAUCUUAUUUUUGUGUAUUAAUCAUCGACUUCGUUGUGUGCGUGCGUGUGUACCUUUCUGUGUAUUUUUGGUAAUUAUUUCCGACUUCAAAGUUGACCUGUGAAAUGCAUCUUUCCCCCCCCAUCCCCCCAUCCAAACAAAUUGAGUCGCGGGGUCGAAGGCAGGAGAAACGUGGUUUGCCUAAUUCGAUUCGACGAUUGCAUAGGACGAGACACGCCGAGCCCGGGAGACGCUUUUAAAACGGGCGUCGAGCGUGCCGUCGAACGCGCCGAUGACGUCACACCUCGAGCGGGGCGGGGCUGGUAACUGGACGCAUCGUCAAAGAUGCACAGGCGAUCGAUACGUCUUAAAACGGUGUGACGGGACGACAAUUUUCUCUUUCAUAUUUAUGCAUGGUGCACUUGUUAACACUUUGGCCAAUGCAUACGUCGUUAAGGGGUUAGGUCGAGGGCGGGGUAACUUUUGUUCGCUUUGGCACUCACUCGCUACACACGCGGCUUGCUUUGCAUCGACAUGGUUCGACGAGACAUUUCCUAACCGGCCCCGGGGGGAAAAAAAUAAAUAAUAAUAAUUGGCGCAGCGUUGUUGACGAUACUAUUUUGUUGGGGGUCCUUGGGUUUGGAAAAUCCACUUUAAGAGCCGCGCCGGCGCCAUCGCCGUUGACAGAGGGCGCCCGAACGCGUUGUUGGGAGUUGCAGUAAGAACCCACGCUCUUGGGAUCGAGUGGUAAAUGUACACCUCACCACUUUAUUUUAUUAACGAUAAUUUGCUAUGAAGGGGUUUCUUAAUAACAACUCGCAUAUCCGAGCACGAAGGAGUACACCGAAAAAAAGUUAGCAUCCAAUUAACCACUUAACCAGGUUAGAAGGUUUAAUAAUUAACGUUUAAACUAAAUGACUUUGAACUGUUAUUAAUAAACCAUUUAGAUGUGCCAAAAUUAAACAAUGUGAUGUCUA